GUUGAGGUAACGUACAGUCGCCAUUUUACUACUAUAUGUAGCGCAGGAAACAAACAUUCUGACGUAAAAUUCUAGUAGUUUAUACAAUUUACAAGCAGGUGAAAUGCGUCGUACAAUGCAAAGCUUAUACAUAGGCAAUUACGUAAGAUACUAAUAUGUCGUAUGGCGAAUCUGUUUUGACUGGAGGUAGAAAUAGCUCCGUAAGAAGUGAGUUGGAAUUUACAGACCUUACAAAUUUGGAUCUUUUUCCAGGACUAGAUCUACCUGCAAUGAAUCCAAAAGAAAAGUCUGCAGAAACCAACAUUCCUAUUAUUCCAAGCGAAUUAAAUGAUUCUAGCGAUACAUCUAUGUCUGACUUUGGUUCGACAAAAUCUUCUGAAUGUCGUGAGAAAGAAAUCAUUCGUGCAGGAUGCAUCAGUAAUAAUAAGAUAAUGAAGAUCAAAUUGAAUCUAUCUGAAGAAGAAGAAUUGCUGAACUAUUUAUCAAAUGAUAAUAAAACACCAUUGAAAAACCCAUUUGUAAAUAUCGUAAGACUUCCCAAUGAUGUCGGACUGUCAAGCAGUAGAGCUGAUUUACCUGGAGUUCAUAUUGUGAAAACGAUUGCCCCCAAGCGUACCCUUGAACACAAUGAUGAUGAAUUUCAUCCAUCGACAAAAUCUUAUAAAUGUAUGUCCAAAAAUGCAAUUCUUGCUCGGGAGGCACGCCAAAAAAAGAAAGAACAAUUGACUGAACUCGAAAAUGCCAAUAAAAAACUUUUAAAAGAGAACCAAUGCAUGAAAAAAUCAAUGAAUGAGAUGGAAAAGGCGUCCAAGGCUCUUCAUGAUGAGAUCUGUUAUUUGCGUAGUGUGAUUGCGAAUCAAAGCACAUUGUCAUCAUUGUUGAGAAACAUCAAUACACCAGACAUUAUACUGACAUCAUCGGAGUGCUUAUCUGACAUUCAGCCUAAUGUCUUAGCAAAGCCCCCCUCAUCAUCCAUGGCUAAAAAUAAGGACAUGAAAAACAGUGAACAAGAUUCAUCUGAGUGUUUGGCUGACAUCGAGUCUAAUAUCUCAUCAAAGCGUCCCUUAUUAUCGAUGGGUAGAAAAGAGUCCAACGAGAGCAAGAAAAAAACAAAGAUAGAUUUAUUCUCUACAAAUAAUAUGGUCACCACAAGCAAAAGAAUUGGUCAUUCUCUUAAAGUUGCAGAGACUGAUCAUGCAUAUCAAAAACCUGGACAGUCGAAUCUUUCUGAUUCCAAGAAGCCUGUUGGUUCUUUCUCUUUUUCAGGUCCUGGUCAUGCCAACCCACAAGAUGCUGGUGUAUGUCUACACGUAUCUAAUGGUGCUGUUUCUUUGGAGUUCUGCGGUCAAUGUAGCACCAAAGCUGGCAAAGCAUUUGAAAAGUUGGUACCAAGGAAAUGAUGAUUGACUUGACAAUUGUUAAGUAUAUGACCUAAAAGGUCUGUAUCGGUUUCAACAUUAGGACACAGGCCGAGUCUGGCAGAACAGAGAAUGUCAAGUUCAAAAUGUACAAAUUCAAAACAAUUUAAAAGACAGAGUGAUUUUGAAAUGGUUAUAAAUGCUAGGGCAUAGGUAAACACUCAGGAAAAAUCAAUAUAGCCAUGAAGACUUUAUAAUGCUGUAACAGAAGUAUCAAUAUUUGUGCAAAAUCUUGACAAAUUGUAUUACUAGUAAUUCUACAUGUUUUUUGAAAUUGAAGAAAAGGUUUUUAUCUUUCACAAAUCUUGAUAAAUCUGAAUUCUUAAAUCCUGAACAAAGUGUAGAACAAAUAGUUAUACUGAAAAACUCUACCUUUCCUUCUUCAGGUGCAGAUCCCAGACUUGCUGUUCUAACAUUGGAGUAUAAAGUCCUAUUAUGGUGAUGUCGAUGGAAUUCCUCAAUGUUAAAUAACGGGAAGCGAUUCGUUUUUUAACACUUGACUUACUCUUCUACAAGUCUUCUACUAAAAUAAAUGAGAUUGAGAUAUGAGAAUACACAAAUGAGCUAUCAGAAUAAAGAUCUUUUAGUUGAAAACUGGAGCCUUCGUUGCACCUCAUUGAAGGCAGGUUAGUAUUGAACAGGGAGUAUAAAGUGUGUACAGAUAUUGGGGCUAGUCUGCAUGCUAAACUGCUCAUUGUAACAAUCAGUUUUAUUAAUUAAGGUUGCACAACAGACCCAAUUUCUUCAAGUUGACUAGUGAGGAGUAUUUUGUAAUACUGUAAGUUAAAAAAUCUGUAAUCUACUGUAUUCAACACAUAUUUAUUUAUAGCCAGUAGCCAGAAAAUGAACACUUGUAAUUAAAUAAAAUCAUUUGAAAUACACUUGUAAACAGCAUAGAUAAUUUUUUUCUUGUAUAUUACAAGCAUCAUCGUAAUCACAUAUUCUUCAACAAGUGACAAGGCUCUCGCCAUGUGCAGGAAAUGAUUUUAUUAGUAUUAUUGCAUUGAAUUUGUUGCAUUUGUAAAAACAUUCACACUUUUGAGACUUCAGUAGAUCUUGGCUGCAGUUAUUUGAAUAUGGAAAAUUGCUAAAGAUUAAAACACUAGUUAAGACCCAUUAUGAAGACCCCUUAUGAAAGUAAAGGGAUGAAGAAUAUGUUUUUACUAUGAUGUCCUCAUAUACACGUGUGAUCCACUCGAUUACCCUGGUUACCGAAACGGUUUGUUUCGCUAACAAAAUGUCGGAACGUCGAAGGUACUAUUUUUCUUUUUUUCCUUAUUUCGCGAGUUGUAGGCAGAAAAAAAGUGUGCAAUGUCCU